UUAGGCUUCUGAAUGAAGUGGGGAUUCUGGGCUUAGCCCGUUGAUGCUCAGGCCCCUUGAAACGGCUCCAGGGUGUGACUGUAACUGACGCUUUCUUCGAGGCCCCUUCAUGCUGCCGGAGGGGUGGAAAGGGACCUCGGUGUCCCUGGGAAUCAGGCUGAUCAGACCCUGCAGGCCAGUAGUCGAAUGUCUGAGCAAGACCACCGCUCUUGGCAACAAGAGACAUGUCGCUGUUGUCAGGGAGAUGUGGUUUUGACCUUGGUCUGGGCCCGCCAGCCUGUUUGCUCACGAAAUACCCAGAGCUGUCACAGCCAAAUGGGAGCUGGGGGGUGGCUUUGAUAACAAGGAAUAGCUGUCUGUCUAUCCGGCUACCCCCAUUCACACCCACCUAUCCGUCCCCAUACACAGCUACCUGUCAUCAUGUUUCUAAAACCCUCCUCACUUAGGCAUUGAGUUUACCAGCCCUCCGCUCCAUCCCUGGCUUCCAAAUCUCUCUCACUUGAACCCAGAUGGAGGUGGCGUUCCGGAGCCACCGAUCUCCCUAGCACUCUGGAGACAGGCGUGUCCAUGUGGGACGGUUUUCAGCUUCACCUCCUCUCUGACCAGCUCGAUUGCGGCCAUUGUGCUAGUCGGUGCUGUGACCGCUUCAGCUCCCCCAAGCCUCGCCAGGUCAGGCGAGGGAAUCCUGGGUAGAGCUGCUCCAUCUGGGCAGACCUUGCCCCGGAGGGUUCCCCUUUGUCUCACCCUGCCCCGUGGGGUUGGGGAAACAAGGGCUUCCCCAUGGAGGGAGUGCUCUGUCUGCCUCGCACAGACCAGAGAAUUCCACCCCGUCACCCUGCGCGGAGCCCAGGGCUUGUGUCUGGCUAACGCGUCACUUCCAGACAGGCUGGAGAGCUCCUGGCCCGUGUCAGGGUGGGGGCUGCAGCUGCACUGACCCAGUGGGAAUUCCGUGCAGGGCCUUGAAUUCUGGGUGCUCCCCGGUGCAGGGGGGGCAUAACACCAUGGCUAGCCCCCACCGGAGGGAGCAACGUGGGCCAGGGAGCCCUCGCCUUCCUCCUCCCCGCAGUAGCUGUCCUUGUGCUUGGGCCAGGGGAAGGGCGGCAAUUGAGACCAGGGUGAGUGGUUGACGGGGUGGGAGGCUCAUUACGCUCCCCUUUCCGCUACACUACCUGGUCAGGAGCCAGACCCAACCGGACUCUCCAUGCCUCAGUUUCCCCAUCUGCAAAAUGGCCAACCCCACCCGCCGGCACCUGUGGGGCUAAAGCCUGCUGCUGGUUGUAAAGGGCUGUAGUGGGUGGGAGGCGAGGUGGACUGUUGCAAAGAUACAAUGACCAGAGGAGGAAGUAACAACACCCGGAGCUUGUGGUCUGAAGGAGCUGGUGCUGCGUAGCUGUGACGGUUGUCUCAGCGCCUUCGCCAGUGACGGGGGAAGCAAAGCUCCCAGGAGGCAAAUCCAGCCUGCUGCGAGAGCAUGGGCCUGGGCCGUGCUCGGCUCCCCCUGCUUGCUGUCCUGGCCCUAGCUCUCCGAGCCCCAGAUCCUGGAUUAACCCAAGCACUGACUCCCCCCCACCAGGUGAAUGGGAUUCUGGGAGGAUCAGUUGUGCUGUCUGUGAAUCUAUCCCCCGGGAGACAGGUGAAAGAGAUCGAAUGGAGCUUUCGUGCUGGGUCAGGUGUGACAUUCCAGCUGGCUGAGUUCAGUGGGGGGAAGUUUGAGCGACCCGAUCCCAACGACAGAUUUAAGCAGAGGCUAGAAAAGUACAAUGAGACCUCGCUGAGGAUCAAGGCUCUGGAGCUGGGCGAUCGCGGAGUUUAUGAGGCCCGGAUUAAGAUAGUACCAGCAACUGUGGAGGAACAGGCCUUUCGCCUCGCGGUCUAUGAGCCCGUUCCAGCGCCGGAGAUGAAGAGUCACUCGCUCUCCAGCCCGGCAGCUGGGUGCAACGUCACUCUGCAGUGUCAGGUGUCUGGCAGGGAAGAGGUUAACAUCUCCUGGAGUAGAGGGAACCCACCCCGAAACCUGGGCGAUCCCGAGCGGUACCAGCUCAGCCCGGACGGCAGGACCCUUCACCUGUCUCUGCAGCGCAACCUCACAGACUCUACCUUCACCUGCACGGCCAGCAACCCCGUGGACCAGAAAAACAUCUCUCUUGACCUGCAGAGCAUCUGCCAAAGCGGUGACACAACUACAGACACAGCCAUGUGGAUGGGGCCUCUUUGCGUUGGUCUGAUCAUCAUCACAGCAGCCUGUGUCGGGAUGUGGCUAUGGAAGAAAAGGAGGAAAAAGCCAGUCGGCCAAGCUGCUGUCCCCACGGUCCCGGAGGAGGAGGAAUGUCUUUCAGAGCCCCACUAUGCUGAGGUCAAGAGGAGAAGCCCUCCGGAGGGGGACGACCAGGACCCUGGCUUCCCGAGCGAGAGGACGCCGAUCACCACCAUCUAUGAUCAGAUCCGAGUGGUCCCAGCUGGCCCCUCUGAGCAGGUUACCUAGGCCAGGAGCGCCAAGAAAUGUCCUGCAACAUCCUUGGAGGAGGUGGAAAGUGUGUGUUCUUGUGGGUCGGGUUCGUAUGUCACCUCUCGAGGGGGCAGCUGUGGCAGAUGUAAGACCUUGGAGUUUGCAAGACUCUGCUGAAAAUGUGCCAGACACGCAGGGCGUCUUGGGACAAGGGGAAUGGAUUUCCUGGGGGACUCCCAAGGGAGAGGUUCAUGCAAAUUCCCCCAACUCUGGUUCUGCAAACCCCCCCAGCCUUUCGAAGCGACGCCCUGUGGAACACCUCAUUGUCUGCUGCUAACAUGUGAUGUGAGGCCAAGAAAGAAAGAGGUGAUCUGCCCAAUCUCUGCUCUGGUUCCGGAUCUAAGACAGACGAACUUGUAACCAUGGGGGAAAAACCCAGUUGUGGGUUUUCAAGGACUGAACCUACCAGAGCCCGAGGUUGGGGCUGACGCUUUUGAGCGUGUGUCUAGGUUAUUCUAUGGUCUUUCGUCUGUUUGCUCUGUCAUGCUUUCCCCUUAAGAAUAAAGGCACUUGCCCAGCAA